AUGGCGCCUCCUACAAAUCUAACGGCAUCGCAAAUUGCCGCAAAGGCUGCCAUGCAUGUGCAGAACCCCCAGCAUAUGCGCAAACGAUCCCAGACCAUUCCAGACCCGUCCGCCUCGGGGAAUCAAUCUGGGAGCAGGAACCCGCCGCCACCUGUUCCAGCGCUCCAGAUCCCGCGAAACGCACCUUCGAUCUAUACGGGCUCAACGACAACUCAGCGCGGAACGGCUGCCACGGCUGCGAAUCUUGCGUUCCCCCGAAGCCCGGGAUAUUGCGCUCCUCAUCCGCCGGGAUCGGCAACCGAGCAACAUGGCUCGCCUACCGUUCCGGAGAAGGAGUACCGGCCGAGCAAGGAACGGUCGAAGAUGAAGUUGUUCUCCAAGCCGAAGAGCAUUGGAAUCAUCAAGGAUAAGGAUCUGGACAAGCGGCUGCCCGCCCUGCCGUCUCCCGGCAAGGCGCCUGUAAACUUCUCGAAGCUAGUGAACCAAUCUACCACGAGUUUGGUCGACCCAUCGAUAUCCAGCAGCUCGGCAUCCUUGUAUUCGUCGGCAAACGCGUCAACUUCGACGCUCGUGCCGACAGACAGGUCGACAGCGUUCGAUAUUGGAAGGGAGAAGGAGAAACAUAAGCACCAUUUCUUGUCUCGACAGAAGCACAAGCUGAAGGAAAAGGAUGAUCAUCAUGGUCUGGCACUGUCAUCUGCGAACAGCAACUCCCGACCGACCGAUCCAAGUGCUCCGCAGCCGCUCUAUUCCUUCGCGGUGCCUCCCUCUCCAUCCCACUCGAGCAGUUUUGCGAAGUCGGUAUCUGGCCUCGACUUGCGCCACGGCGGAAAGGCUUUGCGAGAAAAGCGAAAAGAAGGGAAAGCCGCGGCAGCAUCGCUGAUGACCUUGGUCAAUAGCAGCACCACCACUUUGGAGCCGCCAUUCCGUGGUCGGGAAGACUCCUUGAGCUCCGAGAGACCGGACCUCUGGCAAAGCACCACCACAGUCAGCACCUACCAUGGCCCCUCUUCCAUCUCUCAGACCGUAUCCUUCGGCUCUGACCUUUCCAUCCCCCAAUCCGGCAUGAACGCCCUUGCCGCUGCCUUCGGCCUUCCCGGCAUGACGUCUGAUGACGCUUGGCCGCUCCUCAAAGCGCGCCUCCUAUAUAUUUUCGAAGGCGAGGAGCCCCGCACGCCCAUCGAGGACUUCAACGCGCUGGUUUCGGUACAUAUGCGGCGUUGUAUUCAGGGGCGUGCUCCCUCCGUUCUCGUCGAAGAUCUCACCGAGUUCUUGCAGACCGGCUUUGCAUCCCUCGACCAAACUCUCAGAGCCGUGCCUGACGAGCGUCUCGUUCCCAGUCUCGUCGACAUGUGGCUUGUGGUCUUCCAGCGCAUCUUGCCCUUCAUGCAAGCCGCGUUCCUACCACUCGACCUGGAGUUCAAAGGGCGCGGCCCGCUUAUGACACCGCAGGAUGCGGCUGAGUUCUGGGGUGCCAUGCUACCCGAGUCCCAGGGCGGCCCGAAGUCGUCCGAAGUGCUCAACAGCAACAUUCCCACCCUCGGCGAGGAACUCGAUGUCCGCCGUGUGACGCUGUUGACAUUUCGCGACACGGUCAUCUUACCGCGACACAAUGCCCUCAUGGCCAUCUUCUCCCGCCUGUCCCUCGAAAACAUCAACGCCUACAUCGCCGAGACCCCCCCGGACCUUCCCCCACUCCAACCACCCCCAGCGCUCGGCCCCGUCGCUCGCCCCGGCACCGCCAGCUCGCUCGACCCGAAGUUCUCUUCCUUCAACUCCCAAGGCUCCAGCCACCUCGAGUCCGCGAGCUCCUCGGGCGGCUUCGGCGCGCGCUCGCGCGCCACCUCUAACACGUCCGCGGGCUCCUUCGCCAGCAGCAUGCAGUCGCCCGCGCCCAACACGCCGCAGCAAUCGCAGCCGACGCCGCCGCCGCCGAUGGACUCGACACAGGUGACGGAGAUGGUGGGGCGAAUGCUGCAGUGCGUGAGCGUGCUGGCGAGCGUGCAGAGUGGGGAUGACAGCCAGGAGAAGAUGGAGCGGCUGACGAAGGAGUUGAAGCAUAAUUGGCUGGGGAGGGGCCGGACGGGGAGGAAUCGGAGAGGGUUCGUGGGGACGAGGAGAGCGAGGCCGGGGGUGGAGGGACAGCCGAAAGCAGUGGCCGUUGGUUCUUGA